CACAAUGUACCUUCAAGUCAGAUUAUCAACGGAAACCUUCGCUCUUAGCCCUCGACUACUUGUCUUGAGCGAUGAUCGCGAGCGCUAACCUCGGGUGUCUCUUAAAAAGGCCACAUAUUCCAACGAACUGGAAUCCCACACAAAUCAUGGCUUAUGCAUUUUCUCUGGUGACAAAGAAUUCCAUCAUGAGUGACGAUUGGACUCCUGAACCUCUGGUUCUUGAAUUCGAGCAUCUGGCUCGCAGCGAUGUCGGCUUAGUAGGCGGCAAGAAUUCUUCACUGGGUGAGAUGAUACGAGCCCUCGGCCCAAAAGGGAUUCCAGUACCACCAGGUUUUGCCACAUCCUCCUACGCAUACUGGCAUUAUGUUGAUACCAACAAUAUUCGGGGCAAGAUUGACGAACUCGUCGUUGAGUGGCAGUCGGGUCAUCAGACCCUUGCCGAGACAGGCCAUGCAAUCCGCAAUCUGUUUCUUCGCGGCACCUGGCCAGCAGAUACCGCAGAGGCUAUCUUAACUGCCUAUCGAGAGCUUUCCUCCAAGGCCAAAGUCGACAAGCUAAGCGUUGCUGUCCGCUCCAGUGCAACAGCUGAGGACCUACCUGACGCCAGCUUCGCCGGUCAGCAGGAGACGUACUUGAAUGUCCAGGGUGAAAAAGCGCUCUUGGAUGCCUGCCGACGAUGCUAUGCCUCUCUCUUCACCGACCGAGCCAUUAGCUAUCGCCAGAUCAAGAAGUUUGACCAUACAAGCGUCGCCCUGUCUAUCGGUGUGCAGCAGAUGGUCCGUUCCGACCUCGGAGGCUCAGGUGUAAUGUUCUCCAUUGACACUGAGAGCGGAUUCGACAAGAUCGUGCUCAUAAAUGGCGCAUGGGGUCUUGGAGAGAACGUUGUACAGGGCACUGUCAACCCAGACGAGUAUCAGGUUUUCAAGCCCCUCUUGUCUGAUAAAAACCUAUCGCCAAUCCUGAGCAAGAAAUGCGGUGACAAGUCGAUCAAGAUGGUGUAUGGGGAUCGACAUACACCCACACGCAAUGUUCCCACGUCCAAGGCAGAACGAGCUUCAUAUGUGCUCAAAGAUGAAGAGAUCCUCCAGCUUGCCCGAUGGGCGUGUCUGAUUGAAGAGCAUUAUGGAUGCACCAUGGACAUGGAGUGGGCGAAAGACGGUGCGACUGGCAAGCUCUUCGUCGUCCAAGCCCGUCCAGAGACCGUCCAGUCGCGUCGUGACACUGCUGUCUUCAAGACCUACAAGGUCGGUGAAAGGGGCCACACACUCACUACUGGGCUUUCCAUCGGCGAUAAAGCCGUAGCAGGUCGUAUCUGUCUCCUCACCUCUGUCACUGACAUGGAUAAGUUCGUCGAUGGCUCUAUUCUCGUGACCGAGGCGACCGAUCCCGACUGGGUGCCCGUCAUGAAGCGUGCUGCUGCUAUCAUCACCGACCAAGGCGGCCGUACCUCUCAUGCCGCCAUUGUCAGCCGCGAACUCGGUGUGCCAGCUGUAGUGGGCACUGGAAAUGCCACCUACGUGCUGCACACUGGCCAGGACGUUACUGUGUCUUGCGCAGAGGGAGAUACUGGCCUGGUGUAUGAAGGCAUCUCUGAUAUUACUACUGAGACGGUUCAUGUAUCUGAGCUACCCGCUGUCCGCACCAAGGUCAUGCUCAACCUUGCCAACCCAUCAUCUGCAUUUCGCUGGUGGCGUCUUCCAGCCGAUGGCAUUGGACUUGCUCGCAUGGAGUUUGUCGUCAGCAACGCGAUCCAGGUACAUCCCAUGGCUCUCAUUCACUUUGACCAUCUCAAAGAUGAAGAAGCCAAGCGGACUAUUGAACAACUGACAGCGGGAUAUGCCAAAAAGCCCGACUACUUCGUCGACAAAUUAGCCAGCGGGCUGGCAACUCUCUGUGCCGCUGUAUAUCCCAAGCCGGCUAUCAUCCGCAUGAGUGAUUUCAAGACAAAUGAGUAUGCUCGUCUCAUUGGCGGCGCCGAGUUUGAAUUAAAAGAGGAAAAUCCAAUGAUAGGCUUUCGUGGAGCCUCGCGUUACUACUCACCACAUUACAAGGAGGGAUUCGCACUCGAAUGCCGAGCCAUAAAAAGGGUGCGCGAGGAGAUGGGCCUCACUAAUGCCAUCGUCAUGAUACCUUUCUGCCGAACAAUCAAAGAAGCCAGAAAGGUCCUUGAUGUUAUGGCCGAGAACGGCCUCAAGCGAGGGGAGAAGGGUCUCAAAGUCUAUGUCAUGUGCGAGAUCCCGUCGAAUGUGAUCCUGGCUACCAGCUUCACCAAGCACUUUGACGGCUUCUCCAUCGGGUCCAACGACCUGGCCCAACUUACCCUCGGCGUAGAUCGUGAUUCGGGUGAGCUGGCUCAUUUGUUCGAUGAGCAGGACGAGGCUGUCAAAUGGAUGAUUGCAAGGGCGAUUGAAGUAGCCCGCAAAGAAAACUGCAAGAUUGGUCUCUGCGGAGAAGCUCCCAGUAAUCAUCCACAGUUCGCCAAGUUUCUGGUUGAUGCUCGCAUAGAUUCAAUCUCUGUCAGCCCUGAUAGCUUCGUUCAAGUGAUGAGGCACGUUGUAGCUAGCGAACAGGCAUGAUAAUUUGUUCCUUGGGUAGCUUGUUAAUUGAAAGUAUUAUGCAUUUGCUUAUGAAGCAUUGAAUCGUCAGUCUUAGUUCAUGGAAUGUCAUUGAACUGAAUUACAUUGGCACCGACCCUAACAAAAUAUUAUGACGGCUCAAAACAUAGAGUUAUGUGCAUGGGACCUAGAUCUAAUUUCACUAAUUAUGUCCCGCGCUUAGAACGAGAUGUUAAAAUGGAGCGUUAUAUAACAAGAC